UCGUAGAUGUCUUUUAACGCAUAACGAAAGCCGUUCGAUUUUGUACUUGCUUGUCAUUUUAUCAAAUGAAUAUAAUUUUGCAAAGUUUAAAUAUUACAUAAUAACAUGAAUUCCUGCAAAGGACGUAGUUUGUGUAACGAGAUAUCUGAUUACGAAGCCUCAAAAGGUGAACGUACGUAUCUGAUGAUUUAAAUGUAAAAUCGACUACCUAGACUUGUUUCUACUGUGAUUUCGUUAUACAGAGUGAAAUUGUGUUUAUUUAUUGUUAUACAUUAAUCUAACAGCUACGUAUUUGAAAUUUUUGUACCCUUUUACGCACUAAUUAAAUGAAACUGUAAUGUAAAUAUGAACAUGAAUAACUUAGGGGCUACUGACAUAGCAUCCGAAGUGAUAGUAUCGGAUUCUCGUGAAGUUGAAAUAGCUGAUAUUUUGGUUGGUAUGCCAGUUGAAACCGUCAGUUCAACUGGAGAAGUGACUGAAGAACAACCUCUGAUUGCUCUGCAACCAUUAUUAGACGCUAGUAGCCAAGGCAUUAUUCUUCAACCACAAGAAGAAAUAGUCGGUGCGGAUUCUGAAUCGGAAGGUUUGUCUGCUUACGAGACGAUACCAGUGUCUUCGGCGGAUGUUAACCUAGACUCUGGGGCUGGACCUGUGAAUAAGCGAGGAAGGAAAGGUAAAAAAGUGACAAAUAAAGGGAAAUUGAGUGGAGAGCAGUUGACUGAAAAUAAAAGGGCAGCCAGAAAAUGGGAUCGCAAGCAAGUGCAAAUCAAAACAUUGGAAGGGGAAUUCUCGGUGACCGUUUGGGCGUCCGGUAGCGAUGACGAUCGGAAAGGGAUGUCUGUUGAUGACUCCAUGAAUCCUGAACCGGAUCCGGACUACACGGAAUACAUGACUGGGAAAAAAUCCUUGCCUGGUGGAAUACCUGGCGUAGACUUAAGCGAUCCUAAGCAGUUGGCAGAGUUCGCAAAGAUGAAGCCUCGUAAGCAGAAUGACGACAUUGCCAGGACUAUAGCAUGCCCACACAAAGGUUGCAAUAAGAUGUUUAGAGAUAAUUCUGCCAUGAGGAAACACUUGCACACACAUGGGCCCCGAGUUCAUGUCUGUGCUGAAUGUGGCAAAGCAUUUGUGGAGAGCUCAAAACUAAAGAGGCACCAGCUAGUGCACACUGGAGAGAAACCUUUUCAAUGUACAUUUGAAGGGUGUGGGAAAAGAUUCUCCUUAGACUUUAAUCUACGCACUCACGUCCGCAUUCAUACGGGCGACAGGCCUUAUGUCUGCCCCUUUGAUGAAUGUAAUAAAAAAUUUGCCCAGUCAACUAACUUGAAGUCCCAUAUCCUUACUCAUGCAAAAGCUAAGUUUGAAGUAUUUGGUUAAUUAUUUCCUAAAAUAUUUUGUAUGAAACAAUUUAUCGUAAAAUUUAUAAUCUAAUUUUGUCUGAAAUUUUAGUUAUAAUCUACUACGUGAUGAAUUUAAAGAUGUGCAUUUUCAAAAAUUUAAAGCUGAAAAUUAGAGUUGCAUAGUAACUUAUCAUUUUAAACACCAAUGCAAAAAGUAAACAUCUCUUCAUGAGCAAUAUCACUCAAAAUUGUAUCUGUCUAGUUGACUGUAGUGAUGAUACAGUGAUGGUAUGCAUUAUAAAAAUUGUAACCUAAUUUAUAGGUGCUGUAAAAUGUUAAUUUGUAAAUUGCUAUUUUAUAUUUUGUAAGAAAGGUUUUACAAAUCACUGCAGGUAAUUGAUUUCUGCUCUUUGCCAUUAGGAAAUUCUUUUGCCUAAACUGGUUUGAUGGAUGUUUCCUCAAAUUGUGUACCCACUAUAAUUUUAGGACUAAUGAAUUGUUUGUAUAAAUUUUACUUGUAAAUUUUGAUGACGAUUUAUCUUAAAUAUAUUCUAUUUUUAGGUAAAAUGUAUUUAAAUUAUUGUAUGAUAAUACUUUUUUUUCCUGUGUGUAUUCAAAUUGCUACAUGUGGGUACCCUUCACAUUUAUUUUGUAUAUUCCCGUUUAAUUGUGUGAUCGGGUGCAAACAAGGGAAGAGGGGUGUAAAAAAAAGAUGCUUACAGCAAUUCGUAAAAUUAGUAAUCUUUUUGAUUGGUACCAAAGUUUAACGCUAAUUCUUCCCUUCCCCCAUCAUGACAAUGUAAAUAAAACAACAGAAAAUAAUGAAAUAAAUAUGUGAAUGGAAAUAAGAAACCACCUAAGCAAAUCUAAGAAUUGGUAUGACCAUAUUUGGUGUUAUGCUAAAUUUGGGAACCAAUUUCCUAAUUAUUGAAAUACCCACCAAAGAGCUCAGAACCGCCUUCUAAGUUCACAUUUUUUUCUGUCUUAAGCAAGAAGAUUCUGACCAUUCUCGAAAGGAAAUACUAACACUCAGGAUUGAUUCCAUUUUAAAAAGGGGCGAUAGGUUGAGGAUAGGCACUUUCCACUUGCUAUCUGUGUUUUUUGGCGUUACUUAGGAAGAACUACUGAACAGGUUAUUUUGCAUUUCCUACUUGCAUCCUUUUACUUUCAGGUUUCCAACCAUUAUUUUGAAAAAAAUUCGCAAUUCUGACGCAUACGCAAAUUUGUAGAAGGUUCCAGUUAAGAAAACGAACAAUAUCAUUAUGUUAGAAGUUUUCAUUUUAAUAACUAAAAAUUAUUUUACUCAUUAAAAGAAUUUUUUAUCAAUCUUAUACACACAAACAUGUACACAUAGCUAUGAAAUUCAAUGCAUUAGAAACAAAAGGUUUUAGUUUUAAUGGGGGAGAAAGAGGAGGAGACGGAGAAUAAUCUAUAAAAUUAGUCAAGAAAAAAUACAUAUAAUUAGGUAGAUGAAUUUCAGUACUGAAUUCAGCUAAUUAUUUGUAAUUGUGGUCAAAUAUUUUGCUUUACCUGAAAAUUAAUGUUUGGAUUAUGAACAUGAACGCAUCUCAGACCAUUGUGUGAUAGAGAAGGAAUGAGUUCAGAAAAUUAUACCUGGUAAAAAAUAGUAAUAAAUGCUAUUUUUCAAAAAAAAUUUCUAUACAAAAUAUAAAUUUUCAAGAAAAAGGCAAAUGCACAAACAUUUUAGAGCAAAUUUUAAUCACAACAGUCAAUUUUAACUUGAUGUAUUUUUAAACUUAGCGAUUAUUUUCCAUUUUAUAUAUCGUCUCCAUAUUUGUUCAAAGUUACAUAGGAAUGGGUCUUGAAAGUUUUGUUUAAAGGAAAAAUAAUCUGUCAAUUAAUCAAACCAUUCAAAUAAAAAAAUAUCCAUCAAAUUAAAGAAAACCCAUUGAAUAACAUGAAAAGUUUCAUAAAAUAUACGAACUAAAUUAACAACAUAAAAAACUUCAUUUAAAGUACGAAAAAAAAAAAACUACCAUACAAAUACAUAAAGCAAUAAAAGUUAAUUCAAUGUGUCAUUUAAACAUUGGGACAGCAUAAAUGAUAUUUUUCUGUUUUUGCCAAAUCAAAAGUAAACAAUUAGCUAAAAUAAGCACCAUCAAAACGACUAUAGUACUUAUAACAUAAAUGUAUUAACAUUUUAAAGUCACCCUUGUUAAUAACUCAUUGCCUUUUAGUGUGAGGCAUUAGGAUUGCCAUAUAGUAUAAGAGAAGUAGUGUGGGCUCUACCCAUGAAUGGAGGCAAGAAGAAUUUAAUCUUAAGAGCCUGAAAUUUUUUUGGGGGGCCAGAGAAAUUAUUUCUCAGAGUUUAUGGAGAAUUCAGUAUAGCAUGAAUUCUGAAAGAAAAAGAACUAGUUGUCAAGGUAUUUUUGGUGCUUUUCUGUUAAAAGGUACUUGCAUCUCUUGGUUUGACGCAGGGUUUCCUCUAAUGUCACAAUUUUCGCAAAAUGCUAGAUUGCUAUUUAAAUUACAAAAAUGAAGCUAUGCAUUUUCGCUUUUUUGUUCAAAUAAGAAAAAAAAAAAAAAAGUCAAACCAUACACGAUCCGAGACCGGAAGCCAGCAUGGCAAUAGUAAACUUAAUCUUAUUAUAAAUUUUAGCUAACAUGUUCAAGCUACUAUUAAAAUCAACAGUCAAUCAUUUCAAUGUGUAUUAUGUCCCGAGAAUGAAUGCAUUCUUGCAAUUUUAAAAAUCAACCUUGUGUUCUCUCAAUUCUUAAUUCAAUUCUAAAUUUUGUAUUUCAAAAUUGAAAAACAUAUUAGCUGCUAUCUAUUCUUUCUUUAAAGAUGUCUUAGCUGAAUAUAGAAUUUCGCCUCCAACUGGUGAUGAAGCAGUUAGAAAGAAAUAUAAAUGGAUUCGCUAAUCAUUGACAUUUUAGGAGUUUGCUAAAGCUUUUUUUCCAUUUUUUUCUGAAGAGCUUUUGAACUUUGCUUAAACCCUGGUUUGAGGACUUGUUUCUGCUUUGGCGAGAAUAGAAAAAUUGCUUAAACUGAUUGGCAGUAUCUACAAGUAUAUGGCAACCCUAGAAUUUAGAAAUAGAAGUUGUUGAAUGCCGGCAUAAACAAAAUUUUUAGGUUUGCAAAUAGCAUUGCUGCCAACUCUUUUGAUUCAUUCAGGAAACAGUUGAACUUUGAUGCUCCCAAACUCUCUAAUAAAGUAAAUAUCUCCCAUAUUUUUAUCAAAAUUCUAACCAAAAAAAUUUUUAGUGAGAAAUUCUGAGAAAAAACCCAAUGAGGUUGAGAUCACUAAAACUGAAUCUUUUCAUACACAUGUAUAAAAAAUUUUAUAUGUCCGAUAUUUUUAAAAUAUGUUUAUAUCAUUUUCCAUCCUUUUAAAAGCUGAAUUUCUUCUGAACUUCCUAAACUUUUACCUGUUGCUAGGAAUGUUAAAAAUAGUAACUUGAAUAUCCAAAUUAAGGGCCCUGUAUCUACUUAUUGAAAGAAAUCUCAACUUGUGUUUUAAAAAUCCUUUUUGCACUAAAAACUUUUGUCGCAAAAUUUAUUCAUGUGCAAAGUCUCCUUAAUUUUACGCAUGAGUCUCCCGAAUUUUCAUCUUUCAUUAAUGACAGCUAUUUAAUUGCUAUAAAUAAAUUAAAAUUGCCAAAAAAAAAAAAAAAAAAAAAA